AUGUCCCUUAACGGCCAUAUCUUCAAGCCCUCCGAUGCGGCGGAACAACGACGACUACUUCACCACGAGGCCGACGUAUUGAUCGUGGGCGCAGGAAUCUUGGGCUCUGCUCUUGCGGUUGCAUUGGGGAAACAAGGACGGAGCGUGAUACUGCUGGAGAGCUCGUUGAAGGAACCCGACCGGAUCGUGGGCGAGCUGCUGCAGCCCGGUGGUGUCCAGGCCCUCGAGCAGCUGGGCUUACGGGAUUGCCUCGAGGGCAUUGACUCGAUCAGCACACAAGGAUACUAUGUUUCAUAUUUUGGGGAACCGGUUAUCAUUCCUUAUCCAAAGGGGGAUUCAUCAUCAAUACCCGAAGGUCGCUCGUUCCACCAUGGCCGUUUCGUGAUGAAGCUGCGCGAGGCCGCCAUGGCUUGCCCCAACGUCACUGUUGUCGAGACCAAGGCUACAGGCCUUGUCACUUGCUCGCAUACCAAGCAGGUUCUUGGUGCCGAAUGUGCGACCAAGGAGGCCAAGGACUGUUACUUUGCCCAUUUGACUGUCGUUGCAGAUGGCUACGCUUCCAAGUUCCGCAAAGAACACCAUUCUUAUACUCCAAAGGUCCGGUCCAGGUUCUGGGGCUUGGAGUUGAUCGAUGCGAAGCUUCCCAAGCCAAACUACGGACACGUGCUCGUGAGCGAUAACCCACCCGUUCUUAUGUACCAGAUCGGAACCCACGAGACUCGAAUCCUUAUCGACAUCCCCGAGAACCUACCAUCUGCGUCUGUCAAGAAUGGUGGUGUUAAAAGCCACCUCCGGAACGUGGUCCUACCUUCUCUCCCCGAGAGCGUUCAACCGUCGUUUCUCGAUGCAUUGGAGAAUGGCUCUCUGCGAUCCAUGCCAAACUCCUUCCUACCAGCCUCGUCGAACAAGACCGCGGGAUUGAUGAUCCUAGGCGAUGCCCUCAAUAUGCGCCAUCCAUUGACAGGCGGUGGAAUGACAGUGGCUUUCAACGACGUGCUGACCGUGCGCGACCUGCUGAGUCCCGAGAACGUCCCUAACCUGGGAAACACCGAUCAGGUUCUCAGCCAACUAUCUGUUUUCCAUUGGCGGAGGAAGAACUCAUCUUCGGUCAUCAACAUUCUGGCGCAGGCCCUUUACAGCCUAUUCGCUGCUAGUGACGAAAACCUCAAAGCUCUCCAGCGAGGCUGCUUCCGCUAUUUCCAACUGGGCAUGGUAGACGGCCCUGUGGGCCUGCUCGGCGGACUAAUCAAGAGACCCUUUGUCCUCUUCAGCCACUUCUUCGCCGUCGCAUUCCUCUCCCUCUGGGUCCUCAUCGCCGAAGCCCCCAUCUACAAACUCCCCGUGGUCCUAUUCCAAUGUAUAAUGGUGUUCUGGACAGCAUGCGUCGUCAUUUUCCCAUACAUGUUGAUCGAAGCCUUCAGUUGA